GUUCUCCUCCUCCUGGAUCCUGGAAAGAUGUCCCCGUUGAGAGUGGCGGCGCAGAGGUUUCUUCGAACUGGGUCCUUGAUGCAAACCGUCGAGGAGAAUGCGGUCGAGUUUCUCAUCCCGCCCACCCAUCGAGUCAAGGUACUGGAUCAAGUGGCUCUCGAGGACCGCCGGAUCGAGGCCGUGAAGCAGCUUGUAAGCCUGGUUGCCGAGCAGGAAGCCCAAGUUCUCAUGCUGAAGAAGCGGGACACUAACCGAGAUACGCUGCUGGGAGUUGCCACCAAGUACCCGGGCGUGUUCCAGGUUCACGACGAGCAGGACGGCCUCGGCAAGUUCAUCUCGGGAACCAAGUACAUCGACCUUACUCCCGAGAUGGACAAGCUUUACAGGGACGAGCUCCGAGUGAUCAAGUCGCGGGACGAGCUCCUGUCAGUAAACAUCGUCAGGAAGCUGCUGAUGAUGGCUGUAGAGCAGGAGAUAUCACUCACCAAGAUUUCGUGGCUGGCGGCCGACUUUGGCCUCCCUCGAGACUUGGACACCGGCCUGGUUCACAGGUACCCGAAGUUUUUCAAUGUCAGAGAGACCAACCGGGGUCCGGUGCUCAAGCUUGCGUCUUGGGACCAGGAUCUCACGGUGACGAGCAGAGAGAAGACGUUGCUGUUUAGCCGGGCCUUCCCAAAGACGGGCUUUCAUCUGGUCGAGCGUCCCCGGCGUCGAGGCUACAAAGCCUUCCAGAGGUUGGAGUUUCGGUCCCCUUACGAGCCUUGGCAGAAGCCGAACGUCAGCAAAGGAUCCCCGGUUGUCGAGAAGAGACACAUCGGUGUCGUUCACGAGGUGCUCAGCCUGCUACCGAGGAAGAGGAUUGCUCUCUCCAAGCUGACGCUGUUGAGGGCCGAGAUGAAUUUGCCGAAGACGUUCUGCUCGUAUCUGGUGAGACACCCCGGCAUUUUUUACGUGAGCGGUGUCGUCGAGCCUCCACUGGUUUUCUUGAGAGAGGCCUUCUUCCAGAACGAGCUCAAGUUCAAAGGUCCCGAGGAUUUCAUCCGCGACAGGUACCUGAUCCUCAUGCAGCGCCAACCGGUCCUUGACGAGACUAGCUGAGAAAAAAAUCGUUGUUCGC